AUUUUCGGGUUUAGGGUUUUGCCAUGGGAGGAAGCAAGCGUUCUGGGGAUUUGCUGGCUCUGGAGCGCAUCACUCCUCUGGAAAAGAGAUUGCGUGUAUGUAAUGAAGGGGAAAAUCCAACGGAACAAUCUUCUGAUCGUCUGUCAGUCUUGAGCAGGGUCAAAGAAUUUUUACCUUUGAUAGACACGGCAAAUCGCAAGCUUUCUUCGGAUGAUCAGGAGAAAGGCUCAGCGAAACUAGACAUAGAGCACUUGACGAAUGGAGAAGAAGCUCCUCACAUUCGAAUGGACCUGGCACUCGGAGUCACGGAACUUUACACGCCGGAAGCCAUUUUAGCAGCACAGCAAGCAGUGGGCGGCCGCGUCCAAGAUCAACCGGAGCUUCUAAGCAACUCAAGUGAUUCCGCCGAGCAAGACACUGGAGAAGAAGAAUCCGAAGAAUCCGAAGAAGAAGAAGAAGAAGAAGAAGAAGGACCAGAAGAAGUAGAAGAACAAGAAGAAGAGGAAGAAGAAGAAGAAGAAGAAGAAAAACGAGACGAUGAAGGAGAAGAUGAAGAAGAAAAUCAAUGAAUGAAGACCUCAACAAGAACUGACGACUCUUCAAGCAAACAUACGUGAUCUAUUCACAAGGAAUGUUUUUACAGAGAAGAUUUGAGAUGGCCACCUUUGAUCCUCCACCCUGACAAUCGCGAUGUAGAUCGAGGAGCUUGGCUUUCCCGGGCGGUUUAGAGUUAUAUGCCGCUGUGUGGCCAUUGGUGGAUGACCAAAGCUUCUACGCUAGUGGAGAGAAGUUCGCGAUGCUGCUCUAGAACCUCGUCACUUUGCGGCCUCCAUGGAAUCGGAGUCGUCGUUAAUGGCAAUGAAGGCAGCGUAUCAACACCAUCGAGCUUUAUAGCUUUGGCACACCUGCAAAACUUGCGUGCCAAGAGAAAUUUGAGACGGUGUCACAGCUUGAUCAAGACUUACAUGAGAAGGUCGCGCGAGGAUAUUAUUCCAUGAGGGAGAACCGAUCUCGAAGUCCAGCAUUGGCUUGCUUUUUAUUUUUCGUAACGCAAUCGCAAAUAGUAGUGAAGUCUUCCUGCAA